UAUAAACAACAAAAACAGAAACCACUUAGUUUAACGCAUCACACCCGAUCUACACAACCUAUCGCCCUUCCGUCGGUAUCGCAUCAGUCUCCGGGAAGGAUUAACAGCUAACUGAACUACUCAAGUUUCAAAUUCACUCAACAACUAUCUAAUCUUAUCAUUAUGUCCCACUCAAUACCGUGUCGUCAGCUUUUCAUCGACGGUGAAUGGAGAGAGCCUAUUAAAAAGAAUCGCAUCCCUGUCGUCAAUCCAGCUACUGAGAACAUCAUUGGGGAUAUUCCAGCAGCUACCUCUGAGGAUGUUGAUGUGGCUGUUAAAGCAGCUCGCAGGGCUCUUAAACGGGACGGAGGGAAAGACUGGGCAUCAGCCACUGGAGCACAUCGUGCAAAGUAUCUGCGUGCCAUUGCUGCAAAGAUAACUGAGAAAAAAGAUACAUUUGCAAAACUAGAAGCUAUUGAUUGUGGAAAACCACUUGAUGAAGCAGCAUGGGAUAUAGAUGAUGUCGCGGGAUGUUUCGAAUAUAAUGCUGAUCUUGCUGAAGCGUUAGAUGCAAAGCAAAAAGCACCUAUUGAACUUCCAAUGGAUACAUUCAAAUGUCAUGUCCUUAGGGAACCUAUUGGUGUUGUUGGGCUUAUUACUCCAUGGAAUUACCCAUUGCUGAUGGCUACAUGGAAAGUUGCACCUGCCCUGGCAGCUGGGUGUGCUGCAAUACUUAAGCCAUCAGAACUUGCAUCUCUUACUUGCCUGGAAUUAGGCGAAGUAUGUAGGGAGGUGGGACUUCCCCCUGGCAUUCUCAACAUUCUGACUGGGUUAGGCCCAGAAGCGGGUGCUCCUUUGGCUUCUCAUCCUGAUGUUGAUAAGAUUGCAUUUACGGGAAGCAGUGCCACAGGAAGCAAGAUUAUGACUGCUGCAGCUCAAAAUGUCAAGCCUGUUACGCUUGAGCUUGGUGGAAAGAGCCCAAUAGUUGUGUUUGAUGAUGUUGACAUUGAUAAAGCUGUGGAGUGGACACUCUUUGGUUGCUUCUGGACAAAUGGGCAAAUCUGCAGUGCAACUUCUCGCCUUAUAGUACAUGAAAGUAUAGCAAAGGAGUUUCUAGACAAGCUUGUGAAGUGGGCUAAAAACAUCAAGAUUUCAGAUCCAUUGGAGGAAGGUUGUAGGCUUGGACCCUUGGUCAGCAGUGGACAGUAUGAGAAGGUGGCAAAGUUUGUUGAAACAGCCAAAAGUGAAGGUGCUACUAUUUUGUCUGGAGGGCAACGUCCCCAGCAUCUGAAAAGUGGCUUCUAUAUUGAGCCAACCAUCAUUAGUGACGUUACCAGGUCCAUGCAAAUUUGGAGAGAUGAAGUUUUUGGACCUAUCCUCUGUGUUAAAACAUUUUCCACGGAAGAAGAAGCAAUUGAAUUAGCAAAUGACACCCAUUACGGAUUGGGCUCUGCUGUAAUAUCCAACGAUUUGGACCGGUGUGAUCGUCUUACAAAGGCUUUUGAUGCAGGUAUUGUUUGGGUGAACUGCUCGCAGCCAUGUUUCUCUCAAGCUCCAUGGGGUGGCAAAAAGCGUAGUGGUUUUGGCCGUGAACUAGGAGAAUGGGGACUUGAUAACUACUUGAGCGUAAAGCAGGUGACGCGCUACAUCUCUAAUGAUCCAUGGGGUUGGUAUACACCCCCUUCUCCUAAGCUAUAAGAUAAGGAAUAUCCAGUGUACCAUUAUCAAUUGCAACUCGAAACACAAGGAUGAUCAUCCGACGCUUGUGAUUCGUGUUUCUUGUUUUCCUUUAUGUGAUAGGUGAAGUCUUUGGUUUGCUUAAAGUUGAAUUACAACAAUAAUCGAAGAUGGAUAUUUUAUAAAAUAAAGUUAUAAAGUUAUGGUUA